AUCGUUACAGAGUUUGCACUUCUACGGCUUGACCACUCCCUCCAGCGACUGUGAAUUGAGGUUUCGCAUAUCCCGCCCUCUCUAGAGUUCGGAUACGCAACGCCCCAUCUUACACCCAUUGGGGAAUCCACUUCUCCUGGUGCGGCAUUUAGGCACUUUUAACCGAUAAACGCAAUUUGUGGAUUUAUGUAAAGUGCCAGAGUCUGAGAGUGCGUAGCGACGUCAGUUUCGCGUACGUUCAGACACAAAUCGACCGGGCUCAUCUGUACAGACAUGAAGUCUUUCUACCUGCUUGCCACAUUGCUGUGGUGUUUAGCGACAAGUUUCUCCUGGGCAGCUAAGAUCGUGGUGGUUCCUCCUAUUAUGUUUGAGAGCCACCUUUAUAUUUUCAAGACUCUAGCCUCUGCUCUCCACGCCGAAGGCCACGAAACCGUCUUCCUCGUCUCUGAAGGUCGCGAGGUCCCACCGUCCGACCAUUACCGGCUCCAGCACUACCCCGGAAUCUUCAACAGCACCUCGGCCGAUGAUUUCCUACAAUCGAAAGUUCACAACAUCUUCUCCGGACGUUUCACAGCUCUGGAGCUUUUUGACAUCCUGGACCAUUAUUCUCAAAACUGUGAUGCUGUUGUCGGGAGCGCUGUCAUGGAGCAGCUUAAAAAAGAACGUUUUGACCUUCUGCUCGUUGACCCCAAUGAGAUGUGUGGAUUUGUCAUAGCUCACAUUCUGGGUGUCCAGUACGCUGUGUUCAGCACGGGACUGUGGUAUCCCGCAGAAGUUGGCGCACCAGCACCCCUGUCCUACGUCCCAGAAUUUAACUCGUUGCUAACGGACCGUAUGUCGUUGCUGCAAAGAGUGGCUAACACAGCAGUGUACCUGGUUUCCAGGUUUGGUGUACAGUUCCUGGUGCUACCCAAAUAUGAUCGCAUCAUGAGGAAGUACAACAUCCAGCCGUCUGUGUCUAUGCAUUAUCUGGUUCAGAACAGUCGACUCUGGAUGCUGUGUACUGACAUGGCACUGGAGUUUCCAAGACCCACUCUCCCACAUGUUGUCUAUGUAGGGGGCAUCCUCACCAAACCCCCCAGCCCCUUGCCACAGGAGUUUGAAGCCUGGGUGAAGGACACAGAUGAACAUGGAUUUGUGGUGGUGUCAUUUGGUGCAGGAGUGAAGUAUCUAUCAGAUGACAUUGCUCAGAAACUUGCAGGUGCCUUGGGCCGUCUACCUCAGAGAGUCAUCUGGAGGUUCUCUGGAGUCCCUCCCUCAAACCUUGGCAACAAUACCAAACUGGUGGAGUGGAUGCCACAGAAUGACCUGUUGGGCCAUAGAAACACACAAGCCUUCUUAAGUCACGGGGGCUUGAACAGCAUCUAUGAAGCCAUGUAUCACGGUGUGCCAGUGGUGGGCGUUCCGCUGUUUGGAGAUCAUUAUGACACCAUGACGCGGGUUCAGGCCAAAGGCAUGGGCAUAAUGUUAGAGUGGAAAAGAAUGAGUGAGGAAGACCUGUAUACUGCCAUGUUCAACAUCAUUACAGAUAAAAGGUAUCGUGAGCGAGCACAGAUGUUGUCUCAGAUCCAUAAAGAUCAGCCUGGUCAUCCUGUGAGUCGAGCCGUUUACUGGAUCAGCUAUCUACUCCGUCACCACGGAGCCGAACACCUUCGCUCGGCAGUCUAUGAGAUCCCCACCUAUCAGUACUUCUUAUUGGACGUUUCCGUGGUGAUAGCAGCAUGCCUGGGUCUCCUUGGCUUCUGCUUAUACCGAACAGGCAAAUUCAUCCGAUCGUGGCUGGGGCGCGGUCCGUCUCCGGUGGAGAAAGUCAACGGACACUGUCAUAAUGGAAUUCCAAACGGCAAGCACAACAGGAACGGACACGUUAGAAGUAUGGAAAAGAAACUGAAGUAAAGCACUAGAACAAAACUAACGCUUCACUAAAGAGAGGAAUUAACUGCUCUUUACUCAGAACAGGGCCUGUCCAGGAAAUAAACACAUAGGUCAAUAAACAACGCAACAAACACAAUAUUAUAACAACAAAUUGUAAGAAGCCAAGGUAAGGAAGAAAGACCGGAAAACAUUCAUGGAAAGCUCCCGAUGAUGUUUUUUCACCUGGUGAACGGAGCUACUGUAAUUGGUGGUCCUGAAUGUUGAGCUUAUCCUUGUGGAGAUAGCAAAUGAAUGUUUUUAACACCAACACGUUGGGCAUCAGGUUUCAGUGCAUAUCCAAAUACAGAGAUUUAUAUUUAUUUAUGUAACUGUAACUAAGCUUUGGUUUUAAUUUAUGAUCUAUUUUUAUGUCUCGUGCACUCCGUCCUUACGUUGUUCUCAUCUUUUGCAUCACUAUUAAUGUUAAGAGUGCUAGCUGUGCACAUCACAAACUCGCCGGUGUUUGUGUUUUGUCAGCUUAGACCUAGUUUCGCGUAGAUAUGAAUUUGGAACUAGCUAGACUGUGUUGAGGAUAGAAAUCUUGCUUCCAAUUGACAUUAAUUUGCUUGUUUUACUACAUUUUCAACUCUAUUACGCCUUUUUACAAGGUUCUUUGUUGUGUUGUGCUCAUCAAAGCUAUUUAGUAUGUUAAUAGCUUAAAUCCAGUUUAUAAACUCGUUCCCAACUGUUCACAGCUGUUGUUGGCAGAUCUAGAAUCAAAUGAGCGGAACUUUUUAUCUGAUUUAGUAAGCCAUGGCUUCACCGAUGUUUAGUUUUUAACACUGAAAUUCUUCCAGUAAGAUCCUCAAUUAAUGUUUAUUUUAUGUUUUAGACUAGAGUAGAGUCAUUUGUUUUUGUAAAUGGGGGGAGGGGGUAUAGUUUUUAUGUGUGCGCUUCUCAAAAUGUCCCAAACUUAUUUUUGUUUCAUUUGAAUGUUUAUCAGAAAAGUGUUGUUAUCAAAGCAAUAGAACAGCAAAAGCUGACAUGUCUUGCCAUGUUCCCACAAAUCAGUAGGCUUGGAGUGACCUCAUGAAGUUUGGUACUGUACUUAACAACGCCCACUGUGCUCUACUCUUUUAACCUUCAGCCACUUUUAUAAAAGGACAUUCUGUGAAAGGUAAUAUUUCAAUGACAUUUGGUAACGUGACAUUCCUACAGUUAGCUGUUUCACAAAAGGUUGGGUCUAUGCUUAUUAUUUGAAGAGCAUUCUCACCUACAGAGGUUUUAUCUAAGAAAAAACUGCCAUCGAACAUCCUGAUGAUGAAAUCACAUGCUGGUUUUGGAACUCAUUGUCUGGCUGGAGUGUUACCAGCAACAGUCUCAGAUUGGUAGCGUGUAGCAACAAAACAUUUAUUAAAUAAUUUUGUAAGGAUUUAAUAAUAGCAUAUGAAAUUUGUGGUAUCAAUGGAGAGAUUUACUGUAGGGCUGAAGAACAUGGAGACCCAUUAUACUUGUGAUUUCCAUUAUACCGAGUUCUAAUGCUUUUCGUGUCUACCAGAGUAACAGUGCACUUCUGAGGACAUGACAUCAACACUUGUAACAUAUAUUUGAACCAGUAGGAAUAGUAUUUUUGAAUAGUUUUUUAAAUUAAACUUUUUUAGAGGUGAUUAAUGCUUGUACGUGUUAGAAUACAUGAACACUGCACUUUUCCGUUGUUCUGAAAAUCUUUGUCUAACAAACUGAAAUUCCAUUACCAAGAAUCAAAACCAAAACAGCCUAAAUGAAGAUUCAUUGAAGUCGUAAUGAUUUUAAACUGUUUUACUAUGAGGUUCGGGUCAUUUCUUCAGCCAAGCACUGUUUGAGACUUUCCAUACUUGAAAAUACACUGGCUGCAAAUGCAUCAGGGCUAUGACUGGUAAAACGGUGAUGCACGCUCAUACACUUUGAAUAUGUAAUUGUUUUGUAGUUGCUUGUUUUGUAUGUUUUUCAGUAUUAAUAUUAGAUGGUUAACAACAGAGGAAAAUGCUGCAGAUGGGCUCUAACCUUAAAAGCUUUGUGUGUGCGUGCAUGCGCAUGUGUGCGUGUGAAAGAGAGAGAGAGUAUAUACUGUAUAGAUCAUAGAUGACUUAUUUUAUGUGAAAUGUGCAUAUUUCAAGUUGGACUGGCUUUGCAUGAGCCUACUUGCUUCAGUUUAUAUACUGAUAAUUUAAUACCAACACUACUUUCCUUCCUUAAACUCUUUAACUCACAUCCUUUUUCUUGAUCAGAUUUUGUUUACUGUAGAAGUAGUUAGAGGCUGUUUGAACGAGUUUUGUUUUUUUAUUUCAAAAUGAUUUUUAAUAUAUUUUAUGUGUGUCUGUGUUGUCAUGUACAUAAAAAAGACAAACAAAAUACUAAUGAUAAAUAAACAUUAAAUGUUUUGUUUGCUUA